AUGCUGCUUUGGAUUGUGUUGCUGAAGGCAGCUCUUUGUGUUGCUAUUGGAAAUGUUACAAGGGACGUUUGUAAGGAGCAGAUCUGCUCCUGCAAUGCAAUAGAAGGCGAUUUGCACGUUGACUGCGAAAAGAGGAGCUUCACUAAUCUGCACCAUUUGACCGGCCCCAGCUCCCAGUUUUAUCACCUAUUGCUACACGGGAAUUCCUUGUCCAGACUGUUCCCCAAUGAGUUUGCUAACUUUUACAAUGCCGUUAGCUUACAUUUGGAAAACAACGGCUUGCACGACAUUGUUCCCGGUGCUUUUUUGGGACUGCAGCUUGUCAAACGAUUGCAUAUCAACAAUAAUAAGAUACGCUCUUUCAAAAAGAGCACGUUCCUCGGCUUGGACGACCUGGAAUAUCUCCAAGCCGAUUUUAAUCUGCUGAGAGACAUCGAUCCGUCGGUGUUCCGGGACUUGAGCAAACUAGAAGUUUUAAUUCUAAACGACAACCUUAUUAGUGCACUUCCUAUCAACGUGUUUCAACAUGUCCCUAUAACCCACCUCGAUCUGCGAGGGAACCGAAUAAAAACGCUGCCUUACGAGGGGGUUCUGGAACAAAUACCAGGCAUAGUGGAGGUUUUAUUAGAGGAUAACCCGUGGGACUGCAACUGCGACCUGGUUUCACUAAAGGAAUGGCUGGAGAAUAUCCCGCAGAACGCACUGAUCGGGAGAGUGAUUUGUGAGGCGCCCACUCGACUGCAGGGGAACGACUUGAAUGAAACGGCAGAGUCUGAGCUGUGUCCCUCAAAGAGUGGGACUGACUCGAGUUUGGUUGCGCCUCCCACCCAGGACGAGACCUCUGAUCCUGGACCGCUGCCAACGCCUUACAAAACUGCCGGAGUUACUGAGACCCAAAAUGCCGGCACAUCGCGUAAGGGGGGUUCGAAAUCACCAGAGAACUGGAAGCUAAAAACAAGACCGACUGCAAUGGCUACAGGCACGGGGGAGAAGGACCCGCCGUCCAACACGACCUGCCCUCUCACGUGCAGCUGCAAACUGAUUGGCACCAGGCAGGGGCUCGGGGUUAACUGCGAAGGCAAGAAAAUAGAGAGCGUUGCCAGUCUUAAGCCCAAAUCACUGAAUGCGCAUGAGUUGAAUCUGCGCGACAACAACAUUCACACUGUCAAGAAAAACCAGUUGAGAGGGUAUUCAAGCUUGAACUUACUCGAUUUGGGGGGAAAUAAUAUUAAAAUGAUAGAAAAUGGCACCUUUCAAAAUCUCACUGAAUUGAGAUGGCUAUACAUGGACAAAAAUUAUUUGGAUACACUCAUGGCGGAAAUGUUCGUAGGACUACAAAACUUGGAGUACCUCAGUUUGGAAUAUAAUGACAUACAUCUCAUCAUGCCGGGCACUUUUAGCCCUAUGCCUAAUUUGAGGGUUCUGUUCCUUAAUAAUAAUUUGCUGAAAUCUCUACCGGUGGAUGUGUUUGUCGGGAUAUCUUUGUCCAAAAUAAGUCUGCAUAACAAUUAUUUCACCUUUCUCCCCGUGGCUGGUGUGUUAGACCAGCUCAACUCGAUUAUACAGAUCGAUUUGCAUGGGAACCCGUGGGAUUGCACAUGUAAUAUUGUCCCUUUCAAACAGUGGACAGACAAGCUUGCGGCCGACGUCAUCGUGAGUGAUCUAAAAUGCGAGUCUCCAGAGGAGUUCUGGAAGCUAGAUUUUCGUCGAAUCAGGAAUGAUUUGAUGUGUCCGCAACUUAACGACAAGAUCUUCCCCACCUCCCUGUCGAAAAACAGUACUUCUACAUCGGACGCGGGAACGCGCUCCAACUCCUACUUGGAGCCGAGCCGAGUGUCGAUAUCAGUUCUGGUGCCCGGCUUGCUGCUGGUCUUUGUGACGUCUGCCUUCACUGUCGUUGGAAUGCUGGUCUUUAUCUUGCGGAAUCGCAAAAGAUCAAAGCGAAGGGAUGGCAACUCCUCCGCCUCAGAGAUCAAUUCUUUACAGACAGUGUGCGACUCGUCCUACUGGCAUAGCGGGGCUUAUCACUCAGAUGGAGCCCAUAGAGGUUACGACUGUGGCGCUCACUCCCUCUCCGACAAGUGA